AUGCGACAGUGUUCGAGAGUGAUUGUGGCCUUUACGGCCGGGCUGGCCUCGUUGGCAACGUCCGUGACGGGCCUGCCGUCGAGCGAGUACGUCGUUCACGAGGCGCGAAGCCCGACCACCACCGGGCAGUCUACCUCCCACAGCCGCUGGAAGCGUGGCAGCCGCCUCGAUCCAGAUGCCAUUGUGCCCCUCCGGAUCGGCCUGACGCAGAACAACCUGCACCUCGGCCACGACAAGCUCAUGGAAGUCGCCCAUCCCUCGUCGGGCAACUUUGGCAAGCACCUGACGGAGGACGAGGUCCACGGCUUCUUCGCGCCGUCCGACGACACCUUUUCGGCUGUCCAUUCGUGGCUUGUUGGCGUUGGCAUCAACGAGACGGACAUUCGCCGGUAUGCCAACAAGGGCUGGUUAGCCGUUGACCUGCCCGUGUCCAAGGUCGAGGACAUGUUCCGCGCGCAGUACCACGAGCAUGAGAGCGAGGAGGGCGUCCUCAAGAUCGGCUGCGACAAGUACCACGUUCCCAAGCACCUGGCCGGGCACAUCGACUACAUCGUCCCCGGCGUCAAGCUGUCGCCUCCGCUCGUCAAGCGCUCCAUCACGCGCCGCGACAACAGCGACAGCGUCAAGGCUCACAGGAAGAACUGGGACCCCAAGAAGAUCCCGCCGCAGCUGCAGUUCUGGAAGAAACCCCCGCACAACCCCAAGCUGCCGACCGACCUGCAGGACUGCGCGCGCAACUUCACCGCCGUGUGCUACCGCGCGCUGUACAACAUCCCGGCGGUCAACGUGCCCGUGCCCGGCAACGAGCCUGCCGUGUUCGAGUCCGGCGACACGUACUCUCAGCAGGACAUCGACGCCUACUUUCACAAGUACACGCCAUACAUCCGCAAUGGAACACAUCCCAAGCUGCAGUCCGUCGACGGCGCGGAUGCGCCCGUGGCCCCCACUUCGCCGUACAACACGGGCGAGUCGGAAAUCGACAUUGACAUCAUCCAGUCGCUCAUCUGGCCGCAGUCGAUGGUGCUUUACCAGGUAGACGACCGGCUGUACACGACGGCGAACAACAUGUCUGGCUUCCUCAACACGUUCCUCGACGCGCUCGACGGGUCGUACUGCCACUCCACCGCAUUCGGCAUCACCGGUGACAGCCCGGGCAUCGACCCAGCGUACCCGGACAAGCGGCCCGGCGGGUACAACCAUCCGGAGAUGUGCGGCACGUACAAGCCCACCAAGGUCAUCUCCAUCUCGUACGGCGAGAGCGAGCUCGACGUGCCCAAACGGUACCUGCAGCGGCAGUGCAACGAGUUCCUCAAGCUGGGCCUGCAGGGGACGACGGUGCUGGUCUCGAGCGGCGACUACGGCGUGGGCAUCGGCCCCGCGGGCGACGACACCUGCCUCAACGGCUCUGGGCAGACGCAGACCAUCUACAACCCGGGCAACCCCGUGGCGUGCCCAUAUCUGACGGCUGUAGGCGCCACGCAGCUGCAGCCGGGCACGACGGUGCUCGACGCCGAGAGCGCACUGCAGACGCCGCUCGGCCCGGGCAGCGAGCUCUUUGCCAGCAGCGGCGGCUUCUCCAACUACUUUCCCGCGCCGUCGUACCAAAAGGCGGCGCUGCGGACCUACUUUGCGGCGCACGACCCGGGCCACCCGUACUACGUCGCCAACGCCGACGCCAGCAACGUAGGCGCCAACGGCGGCCUGUACAACCGCGCGGGCCGCGGCAUCCCCGACGUGUCGGCCAACGGGGCCAACUUCCGGGCCUUCACCAACGGGACCGAGUAUCACUGGUUCGGCACGAGUCUCGCGGCGCCGCUGUGGGCGUCCAUCGUGACGCUGGUGAACCAGGAGCGGGCGCUGCGCGGGAAGCGCCCCGUCGGCUUCAUCAACCCGGUGCUGUACGAGAACGCGGGGGCGCUGACGGACAUUAAGAACGGGUCCAACCCCAACUGCGGGUCGAGCGGGUUCGAGGCUGUCGAGGGAUGGGAUCCGGUGACGGGGCUGGGGACGCCCAAGUACCCCGAGCUGCUCAAGGUGUGGCUGAAGCUUCCGUAG